GGGGGGGUCGACGACCAUGAGCAGCAACCAGUACCAGGAGGACAGCUGCCCCGACCGGCCCCAGUGCCCCAGUAAAUCUCCAACUCUGCUCUCGUCCUACUGCAUAGACAGCAUCCUGGGCCGCAGGAGUCCCUGUAAAAUGAGGUUGCCCCCGGCCCUGUCCGCUCGCCCGGACCCGGACAAGGCCCUGCCAGGUUCCCCGAAGGGAGGCAGCCCCCCGUUCGAGGCCGAGCUCCACCUGCCCCCCAAACUGCGGCGCCUCUACGGCCCCGGCGGGGGUCGGCUGGUCCCGGGGUCGGGGGUCGGGGGUCCCCGGGGGGAGCCGCCCCCGCCCCCGCCCCCGCCGCCCCCGUCGAGGCCGGGGGAGAGGCCGGAGGACACGCUGAAGAUCAGCCAGGCGCCGCAGGUCAGCAUCAGCCGCACCAAGUCCUACCGGGAAAACGGGGCCACCUUCGUCCCGCCGCCCCCGGCCCUCGACCCGCUGGGAGGCCCGGCCGGGCCGGAGGAGGACGAGGAGGACCUGCUGGAGGAGGAGGACGACGACGACGACGACGACGACGACGAGGACGACGACGACGACGAGGAGGACGAGGAGGAGCUGCUGCUGGACGAGGACGAGGAGGGGCUGCUGCUGGAGCGAGGCGGGGGGACCCUGGCCCAGCCCCCAAGGAGAGGCCCAGGACCGGCCUCCCCGGCCUCCUCCGCCGCCUUGCCAUCCUCCGCGGCCCCGGCCUUGGCCUCCCCCGCCGCCCUGCCGUCCUCCUCCUCCUCCUCCUCCUCGUCCUCCUCCUCCGGGCAGCCCGGGGACGGGUCCCCCCGGGAGGGGCCUCUGCUGCUGCUGCCCCCGCCCCCGCCGCCGGCCCCCGAGGAGGCCGAGGGCAAGGACGAGGGCGAGGAUGGCAUCUGCCUGUCGGCGGGCAGCGACUCCGAGGAAGGGCUGCUGAAGCGCAAGCAGCGGCGCUACCGGACCACCUUCACCAGCUACCAGCUGGAAGAGCUGGAGCGGGCCUUCCAGAAGACCCACUACCCCGACGUCUUCACCAGGGAGGAGCUGGCGAUGAGGCUCGACCUGACCGAGGCCCGGGUGCAGGUGUGGUUCCAGAACCGGCGGGCCAAGUGGCGCAAGCGAGAGAAGGCGGGGGCCCCCCCGCACGGCGGCGGCCUGGCCUUCCCGGGGCCCCUGGCGGCGGGGCACCCCCUGGGCCCCUACCUGGACGCCGGACCCUUCCCCGCCGCCCCCCACCACCCGCACCACCACCCGCACCACCCGCACCAUCACCACCCCGCCCUCGACUCCGCCUGGGCCGCCGCCGCCGCCGCCGCCGCCGCCGGAGCGGGAGGAGGGGCGGGGGCCGGACCGGGCCCGGCCUCGCCCGCCGGGACCCCCCUGGGCCUCGGCACUUUCCUGGGCGCCGCCGUCUUCAGGCACCCCGCCUUCAUCAGCCCCGCCUUCGGAAGGCUGUUCUCCACCAUGGGCCCGCUGGGCGGUGGCGGCGGCGUGGGGACGGGGACGACGACGACGACGACGACGACGACGACGGCGGCGGCGGCGGCGGCGGCGGCGGCGGCGGCGGCGGCGCUGCUGCGGCCGCCGUCGGGGCCGUCGGGCGAGGGCGCGGCGGGCCCGCAGGGGGCGCUGUCGGACCCGGCCGCCGCCGCCGCCGCCGACCGCCGCGCCUCCAGCAUCGCCGCCCUGCGCCUCAAGGCCAAGGAGCACGCGGCCCAGCUCACCCAGCUCAACAUCGUGCCCCCUGGCGGCGGCGCCGGGAAGGAGGUCUGCUAGGCCCCCCCCGGCUCCGCAGCGCCCCCCAGCGAGACCAAAUGGAAGCAGAGGACCCGCGCCGCCCCACAGCGCCCCCUGCCGCCGCCGCCGCCGCCGCCGCGGCGCCCGCCCCCGCUGACUACUUGCUGAGCGUCCCUGCUUCACCUCCCCUCCCCACCCUCCCCGC